AUGUCGAGUGGCGGCACCACCUGCACCUCUGCCGUCGACGGCGGGGCCCACCACCGCCGCCGUGCCGCCGACCCUCCGGAGAGGGAGAAGCCGGUCGACCACGCGCCGGUUGCGCUGGACCACUCAAAGAGCGACGUGGACGAGGACGCCCUUCUCGUGUUCGCCGCCGGCGGCGGCGGCGGCGUGUACUCGUACCACCACCAGCACCACCCCGUGAUGCGGUACCUCCUGUCGCGCAAGAGGCUGCCCGAAAAUUGGGCCCUGUGCGCGGAGGAGUUCCUGAUCAGCGCGUGGGGGAGUGUGAUGUCGAGGAAGGGCGUGGGCCGGACGAUCAUCGUGUUCCUCGUGGCUGUGGCGGUGGUGUCGGCGUUUCUCAAGGUAUCUCUGUCGAUCGGAGGCGCCGGCGCCGGCGGGAAGGCCGCGGGACCGGAGAAAGAUCCUUUGUUUGUUCAGAAUUUGAAUAGUGAUUUGCUUUCCAAUGAUCAUAAGGCGGUUUUUGAGUCCGAGCUGGCCGCAGCGGCCGCCGGUGGGGCUGUGCAAAAGCGACAGAUGAAGGAAUUUCCGGUCCCAGAAAUAUGGAUGAAGCCCAACAGUGAUAACUUUUACCAAUGCAUAGCCAAUGCAAAGAAUCACAAGAGGAAUACGAAGGCUACGAACGGAUACAUAUUGAUUCACGCAAAUGGAGGAUUGAAUCAGAUGAGAACCGGAAUAUGUGACAUGGUUGCUAUAGCCAAGAUUAUGAAUGCAUCUCUUGUUCUUCCUACACUUGAUCACAAGAGCUUUUGGACCGAUCCUAGCGAUUUUAAGGAUAUUUUCGACUGGAGACAUUUCAUCGAAGUCUUGAAAGACGACAUAGAGAUAGUCGACACGUUGCCUAAGAAAUACGCGUCGAUUAAACCGCUGAUGAAAGCGCCGGUUUCGUGGUCUAAGGCUAGUUACUACAGAAGAGAGAUUCUCCCUUUGCUAAAGAAUCACAAGGUUAUCAAGUUCACACACACCGACUCUCGACUAGCCAACAACGGCCUUUCUUCGUCCAUACAAAAAUUGAGGUGCCGCGCGAAUUACGAGGCCCUUCGCUACACGCCCGAAAUCGAGUCCCUUGGCAAGAAACUUGUCGAGCGCCUCAGAGACUCGGGCGAACCUUACAUCGCCCUUCACUUGAGGUACGAGAAGGACAUGUUGGCGUUCACAGGUUGCAACCACAACCUAACCGAGCCCGAGGCCAACGAACUUCGUUUAAUGAGGCACAAAGUGAAGCAUUGGAAAGAGAAGGACAUCGACAGCAAGGCGAGGCGGCUCGAGGGCGGUUGCCCCAUGUCGCCACGCGAGGCUGCCUUGUUUCUCAAGGCAAUGGGUUACCCUUCGUCGACUCGUAUAUACAUUGUGGCCGGCGAAAUUUACGGCAAAAACAGCAUGGGUGCCUUGAAAUCCGUGUACCCGAACGCGUUUUCCCACUCGACUCUAGCCACAGCCGACGAGCUAAAACCCUUCGACCGGUACCAAAACCGGCUAGCAGCAUUAGACUACAUCAUAGCUCUAGAGAGCGAUGCUUUUGUAUAUACUUACGACGGGAACAUGGCUAAAGCUGUGCAGGGCCACCGGAGGUUCGAAGGGUUUAAACGGACCAUAAACCCCGACAGGUUUAAUUUCGUUAGGAUUAUCGAUUCUUUUGACUCGGGAAAGAUUACGUGGGAGGCUUUCGCGUCCGAGGUAAAGAGGCUGCAUUCGGAUAGGAUAGGGGCGCCUUACUUAAGACGGCCGGGGAAAAUUCCGAGGCUUGAGGAGAAUUUCUACGCGAAUCCUUUACCGGGAUGUGUUUGCAACCGGUCGGAAGAACAGAACAACAAGCAACAGCAAACAGAUGAUCGGAGGGUCGAUUCAUAA